AAUAUGCAUUUCCUUCUUUUUCAGAUUUAAUACUGUGUACAAAUGACAUGAACGUAAAUAUCCCACAGUUGGCAGACAGCCUAUUCGAAAGGACAACAAACAGUAGCUGGGUGGUAGUGUUCAAAUCUCUCAUCACAACUCACCAUCUAAUGGUGUAUGGAAAUGAGCGUUUUACCCAGUAUCUGGCUUCCAGAAACACAUUGUUUAACUUGAGUAAUUUCUUGGACAAAAGUGGAUUGCAAGGGUAUGACAUGUCCACAUUUAUUAGGAGAUAUAGCAGAUACUUGAAUGAGAAAGCAGUUUCCUACAGACAAGUAGCUUUUGACUUUACAAAAGUAAAAAGAGGAGCUGACGGAGUCAUGAGGACAAUGAAUACAGAAAAACUGUUAAAAACUGUACCGAUUAUACAAAACCAGAUGGAUGCACUGCUUGAUUUCAAUGUCAACAGCAAUGAACUUACGAAUGGUGUAAUUAAUGCUGCCUUCAUGCUUCUUUUCAAAGAUGCCAUUAGACUUUUUGCAGCGUAUAAUGAAGGGAUUAUUAAUUUGCUGGAAAAAUACUUUGACAUGAAAAAGAAUCAGUGCAAGGAAGCCCUUGACAUAUAUAAGAAGUUUCUGACUAGGAUGGCAAGAAUUUCUGAGUUUCUCAAAGUUGCAGAGCAAGUGGGGAUAGACAGAGGAGACAUACCAGAUCUUUCUCAGGCACCGAGUAGUCUCCUGGAUGCUUUAGAACAGCACUUGGCCUCCUUGGAAGGAAAGAAAAUCAAAGAUUCCACUGCAGCUAGCAGGGCUACCACACUUUCCAAUGCAGUUUCUUCCCUUGCAAGUACUGGCCUGUCUCUCACCAAAGUUGAUGAAAGGGAAAAACAAGCUGCGCUAGAGGAAGAACAGGCCCGUUUAAAAGCUCUAAAGGAGCAGCGUCUAAAAGAACUUGCAAAGAAACCCCAUACAUCUUUAACCACAGCCUCCUCCCCUGUGUCUAAUAGUGCAGGAAGUAUAAUGACUACACCAGUUAUUGACAUUUUUUCCACACCCAGUUCUUCAAACAGUACAUCAAAGCUGCCAAAUGACUUGCUUGAUUUACAGCCAGCUUUUCAUCCAGCUGUGCAUCCAAUGUCCUCUGCACCACAAGUGGGAGGGACCUGGGGAGGUAAGAGAUUUUGUUGUGAUUAUUACAUAGCCGCUCCUACUAUCACUACAAUUUCACAAUCCCUGCUAUGUUUUGUUGAUUAAUUAUUUUGAUAUUUC